UGUUAAGAUAAAAUUGUGCGUUGCUUUUGUGAGAGAAAAAUACAGGUAGUUCAAGCUAUUGAUGCCAGACAUUUGCUUUUGGGAAGCUGAUGCCAAAAAAUCCAGCUUAGCAAUUUUGAUAAGAAUGUUCUUAUCACCCCCACCAACUCCAUGAGUUGCUGGAGAACCCCAGUCCAAUGCCUGUACUCCAAGGUGAAAAUCCAAGCCCCAAAGAGGGAGUGAAGGUGGUUGGAUGUGAUGAGAGAGCUGCAAAAUCAGAUCCUAGUGAUAUAUCUCAACAACUUGAAAAUUUGAAGGUUGAAGAUGCUUCUUCUGGUUCUACAGGGUGCAGGGAAUUUUCUUCUGACACAGAGAUUGGGGCUAAUGAAAAGACUGCUUCAACAAAUGAAGGUUCUUGUAAUAAGCUACCAGCAAGAUCACAGUUAUUCGAGAUAUGUGUUGCAAAAAAAUGGAAGCUCCCUUUGUAUGAGUGCUGCAAAGAGGAAGGACCACCCCACAUGAGAAUGUUCACCUACAAGGUUAUUGUUGAGAUAGAAGAAACCGAAAAGACAGUUUUGGAAUGCUUUGGCGCUCCUCAUUCGAAAAAGAAAUCAGCAGCAGAGCACGCAGCUAAAGCAGCGUUAUGGUACUUGAAGAAUAUUGGUUAUGACUCGUAGGAUCGGUGAAAUGAAUUAUCGUGAAGCACCAUUGAGAUCAGUCAGUUACUGAUUUUUUUACUUUUGGCUUCGUCCCUAGCCAAACAAUUUAGAGGCUAUGGAUACACAUUUAGGCCCAGUUUGAGAUUGCUGUCACUUUUAAAAAAAGUUACUUUUGCUGUACUUUAAAAAUAAUUAGCUGUAAAGUAAAGUAGCUCUAU